AUUACUUUGAAGAGGAACCAUGUCCCGCAAAGGUGUCAAGAUGGGCUUGAGCGACUUCCUGUCGACGCUGAGACUGCCAGGCAGCCGCGCCCCCAUGCCCGUCGACGCGCUCCCCAAGGGUCCCCGCGCUCGCACGGAUGACGACGAUGGCGGCUACCGUGGUGGCCGUGGCGGCGGCGACCGCCGCGACCGCGAACCCAUGCGCAGCGACGGCUCGGACCGCUGGCGUGGCGACCGCUCCAGCGCCGGUGGCUCCAGCUUCCGUGGCGGUGACGAAGGCUUCCGUGGUGGUGGCUCCAGCUUCCGUGGUGGCCGCGAAGAGCGCUACGAAGAGCGCCCCGCCCACAUGCGCUUGAACCUCUCGCGCCGUGGCGACGACGGCCCGUCGGGCGGCUCGUCCUUCCGCGACUCGCGCGGCGCCGACGACGACAAGUUCUCGCGUGCCUUCUCGCGUGGCGGUGACAGCGGUCGCUUUGGUGACCGUGACGGUGGUCGCUUCGGCGGUGACCGUGACAGCGGCCGCUUCGGUGGUGACCGCUACGGCGACCGCGACGGUGGUCGCUUCGGUGGCGACCGCUACGGCGACCGUGACGGUGGCCGCUUCGCCGGUGACCGCUUCAAUAGCCGUGACAGCGGCCGCUUUGGCGGUGACGUCGAGCGCGUCACGUCGGCGUACGAACGCCAGACGAUCAACGAGCCCAAGGAGGACCCUGCCGAGAUUGCUCGCAAGAAGAAGGAAGAGGAGAAGGCCGCGCGUAUCGCCGAGAAGAAGGAAAAGAAGCGCCUUGAAGACGAAGCCAUUGCCAAGGCCAAGGAAGAGAAGAAGGCCGCUGCCGAGGCCGAAGCCGCCGCUGCUGCCAAGGCUGCCGACAUUAUGACGUCGAUCCUUGCCACGGAGAAGAAGGGCGAAGCGCUCGUCGCGGCCGCCAAGCCCCUUCUUAAGGGCACGAAGCUCGUGCCGGCUGUCGUCAUGGCCGCGCUCCUCAAGCACAACCAGUUUACGGCCACGUCGAGCGUCAAGUGGAUGACGCCGGACGAGUAUGGUGCCUUUAUGGCGUACGUCAUGGCGCCGACGUCGCCCAAGGAGCAGCUCAAGGCGCUGUACGCGCUCCAGCUCUUCAUGCACGAGAACCGCGGCUUGGACGGGAAGAAGACCAAGGGCAUGAUGGAGACGUGCUUCAAGGCGCUCUACGCCUUCGACGUGAUCGCGGACGAGGCCUUCAUCGAGUACAAGUACGACACGGAGGACAACACGCCCGGCAAGAUGCAGGCGUUCAUCGAGACGACCGAGUGGCUGAGCUGGCUCGAGACGGCCGAUGACGACGACGAGGACGAGGACGAGGACGAAGACGAGUAUUAAGCUACGUAGAAUAGAAUAUCUCAUUUUGUGCUGUGUAAACGCA